AACAGGAAUAGGCAAUAAAAGAAAAGCAAAAGCCAAAAGACAACAGACAAAAAGUUCGUGGCAUGCCAAUGGCCGUGCAUUGCAGUGGAACGAAGAAGCAACAGCAGCAGAAGAAGAAGAAGCAGUGGGAGCAGUAGGAUCAAGCAGUGCACAAAGCAGUGGAUGCAGCGUCACCAACAGCAGCAGCAGCAAAAAAAAACAACAGCGUGUGGCAAAGAGAGAGAGAGAGAGAGUGAGAGGGAGAGAGGAAAAUAAUCAAUCCUGAAUAUUGGGGAACCCCCCCCUCCCCCGAACACUUCAACACACACACGCUCCUUACUCCUCCACCAAGACAAGGCACACGUCCAUUGAUCGAAAAAAGAAGGGCUUGCCCGCCAUCUUAAGAACAACCGAACAACAGCCGGGAUAUUUUGUUAUUGAAACAAAAAAACAGCAAUUAAAAAGUGUGUGUGCGAGUGCGAGAGAGUGAGAGAGAGCAGGUGAAAGCACAAAGCAAUAUAAGGAGAAAGGAGAAGCAGCAGCAGCAGCAGCAGCAGCAAAGAGGCAGAAGUGAGCAAGCAGCGCUGCGUCACCAUGAGCGGUCGUCCAAGAACUUCCUCCUUUGCCGAGGGCAACAAACAGUCACCGAGUCUGGUGCUGGGAGGCGUCAAAACAUGCAGUCGCGAUGGUUCCAAAAUUACAACAGUUGUUGCAACACCCGGCCAGGGCACCGAUCGCGUACAAGAGGUCUCCUACACAGACACAAAGGUCAUCGGCAAUGGCAGCUUCGGUGUGGUAUUCCAGGCCAAGCUCUGCGACACCGGCGAACUGGUGGCAAUCAAAAAAGUUCUACAAGACAGACGAUUUAAGAAUCGCGAAUUGCAAAUAAUGCGGAAGCUGGAGCAUUGUAAUAUUGUGAAGCUUUUGUACUUUUUCUAUUCGAGCGGUGAAAAGCGAGAUGAAGUAUUUUUGAAUUUAGUCCUCGAAUAUAUACCAGAAACCGUAUACAAAGUGGCUCGCCAAUAUGCCAAAACCAAGCAAACGAUACCAAUCAACUUUAUUCGGCUCUACAUGUAUCAACUGUUUAGAAGUUUGGCCUACAUCCAUUCGCUGGGCAUCUGCCAUCGUGAUAUCAAGCCACAGAAUCUACUGCUCGAUCCCGAAACGGCCGUGCUGAAGCUCUGUGACUUUGGCAGCGCCAAGCAGCUGCUCCACGGUGAGCCGAAUGUCUCGUACAUCUGCUCCCGGUAUUAUCGCGCACCCGAGCUAAUAUUCGGCGCCAUUAACUAUACAACAAAGAUCGAUGUGUGGAGUGCCGGCUGCGUUCUGGCCGAACUGCUGCUGGGCCAGCCAAUCUUCCCUGGCGACUCUGGUGUCGAUCAGCUGGUCGAGGUCAUCAAGGUUUUGGGCACACCGACAAGAGAACAAAUACGCGAAAUGAAUCCAAACUACACGGAAUUCAAGUUCCCACAAAUUAAGAGUCAUCCAUGGCAGAAAGUUUUCCGUAUACGCACUCCGACAGAAGCUAUCAACUUGGUGUCCCUGCUGCUCGAGUACACGCCCAGCGCUCGGAUCACACCACUGAAGGCCUGUGCACAUCCGUUCUUCGAUGAGCUGCGCCUCGAGGGGAACCACACCUUGCCCAAUGGCCGCGACAUGCCGCCGCUAUUCAACUUCACAGAUCACGAGCUCUCGAUACAGCCCAGCUUAGUGCCGCAGUUGUUGCCAAAGCAUCUGGCCAAUCGCUCGUCGGGCGGCGGCCCAGCAGCUGCCGGUGCUGUGAGCGGCUCCACCAGCGUCUCCUCAACGGGCAGCGGCGCCUCGGCGGACGGUGCCGCCUUGGCCCAGGCUGGCGGGACAUCUGGAUCGUCAGUAGUCGGUUCCGGGUCGGGAGCAGGAGGAGCCGCUUCGUCCGUCGGCGGACCGGCGACCGGCUCGAGUGCCGGCGGUCAAGGAAACAAUAGCAAUCCCGGCUCCGGUGCGCCGUCCGCCGUGGCGGCUGCCCCGGCUGCCCAGCAGGCAAAUGCCGGCGGCCCUGCAGCCGCCGGCGGUGGUGGCGGCGGCGGUGGUGCGGCGGGUGCUGCCACUGCAGCCGGCUCCAUAGCUGCGACCAAUGCUGGUGGCGCCAACGUGACAGGCUCUCAGUCUAACAGCGCUCUGAACAGCAGCGGUACAGCCAAUGGUAACGGUAACGGUAACGGUAACGGCAGCGGCAGCGGAAACGGGGAGACUACAGCAGCAGGCGGCACAGGAGGCAGUGCCGCAACGCCGGCCGCUGCAGGAGGGGACGAGAAUGGUGCUACAGCAGCAGCAGCAGCAGCAGAGACCGAGGCAGAAGCAGCAGCAGCGUCCGGUUAGCGCAACAGCUGCGCUCUGUUAAUGUAAAAUGCUCUUUCUACAGCGUACUGUACUGUUAUUCGCAUAUGUAUGUUUUGUUCGCUCUCGCUCGCUCUCAGGGUUGGAGCAGGCCUAAGUUAUUUUUUUUUUCGCAGCAUUCAGCAUAGGUAACGGAGCGUGAUGGCAACAGAGCCUCAGCCAAUCACACACACACACACACACACACACACGACCACAGCUACACUGACACAC